UAAUUAUGAAGAGAGAUGGAAGGAGUUUCAUCUGAAUGAAACUGUGUACGCACUGUUUCCAAGAGUAUGAAAUCUGAUGAAGCUGUCAUUAGGGGCUAAAAAGUUUCAUUUCAUCUUAUCAUAUCCAAUCACAUGUCUUGCAAUGAAAUGGUAGGGACAACCUAUACUUUUGUAAAAAAAAUCACCUUGUAAGAUUUUGAAAUUGAAACUCCACUUGUACGCUGAAAAAAAAGAGAGAAAUUUAUAUAGGAAUAAUUAGACCUACUGAAAUGGUACAGAGCUGUAAUCGUGAUCCUAAGUCUGAGCGGGGCUGCGGUGCGGGGAUAUGGACCGGGACUACGGAGUCAACUGCAAGAACUGAGUCUCAAGCUUCUGCUCUCCUGCUCGCGGAUCUUCAUGGCCUCUGAGGCGGUCGUCGUCCACAGCGGUGGUUGCCACUGCCGACGCGUGCGGUGGCAGGUCGAGGCCCCGGCGAGCGUCGUGGCGUGGAUCUGCAACUGCUCCGACUGCUCCAUGCGCGGGAACACCCACAUCAUCGUCCCCACCGCCAAGUUCAAUCUGCAGGCCGGCUCCGAGGAGUUCAUCACCACCUACACGUUCGGCACGCAUACGGCCAAGCACACCUUCUGCAAGGUCUGCGGCAUCACCUCCUUCUACUCCCCGAGGUCCAACCCGGACGGCGUGGCCGUCACCGUGACCUGCGUCGACCCCGGCACCCUGAAGCAUGUCGAGUACAGGAAAUUCGAUGGGAGGAACUGGGAGGAUUUUUUCAAGCACAGCGACAUCUCCCAGUUCUCCAAGGAGAGGGCGGAGUAGUCGGCAGGACAAUUUGUGUUCUUCCCGUCAAGAAGGAGCUGAUGAUAUGGUGCCUGAAACCCUCCUGCGAUAAAGCGUCAGUGGCAUUGCAAUUGUUGGACAAUAAUUCAGCGGCAACUUUUCUAGAACCGGCCACCAGUGAUUGGCUAUGAUUGAACAAUACACCGGUGAAGCAACAGCGCUCAGCUAGUUCCUAGAUGUCCACCAAGUUUGCCAUGCUCUGCUGUGGCCUGUAGCAGGAUCUGAUCUUUGGUGUGGCAUGUGGAUCCCUGAUGCAGUACAGACACUGAUUUUCUUGCUGUCAGCAGUUGAUUUGUUGAUGCGGAUUGCAGCCGUACUGUGUCCGAGCAAAGCUGUUGAAACUUGAAAGUGCCAGGUCAGAUCACUGACUUUUGAGAAGGGUUUUCAGGGAGAGUGGGUAACCUAAACCUACCGGUUCCACUUUUAUGCUGUGGCAGUGAGUCAUUACAGUGAAGAACUUUAUCACGCUGCUGGCCAACCGGAGACCCCAUGUCUUCCAGGGAAUUGGGCCUGGUUGCUGAGAGCUGCAGCUACCGCACACUGAAAUUUGGUACUAGUGUCAAUCGAUUUUGCUGCCAAGUUGAUCGGUGCCGCAGUUGGGGGUAGGCGACCAGAAUUUUUCAGCUAAUGCUUUGGCAAUUUGUUUCGGUUUGGAGCCCCAUUUGAAGAGAUCUUUUUUCGGGUGUCGCGUUUCUACGGAAAUGGAACUGCUUCGUCAGUGGUUCCUGCGAAAUUGAUGUGCUGGAGGAGACAUUGUCUUUCUUUUCUUGA